AUGAUUUGCUGGGGCCAGCGUAAUGAGUGCGGUCUGCUGUGCAAAGACGACAGCUUCUGCAGAUGCGGCAUCGGGGAAUGCGUCAAGGACUUUCCGGUUCACGAGCGUGUCCAUUGGAAGGAAACGGAGCUGGCGGAUGUCGUGCACGCCGCCCACCUGCGUGGCCACGAGUUCCUCAAGAAUCUGGCCUCUCUGGUGCAGAUCCGUUCGAUCAGUCAGGGCGUGGAGUACGAGACGCAGAACAGGCAGAUCGUGGAACGCGUGACCGAGCACCUGGCCGAGAUGGCGUUCAUUGUGGAAACGAUGGAGGUGAAGCCCUCCGUCGGGGGCAGCGAACAAACGCAGUAUGUGAUCUUUGCCGAAUACUUCUCAUCGCCUGCCAAAACCAAUGUGGUCAUCUAUGGCUACCUGGACGUGCCGCCCAUUGGCGAGGAGGAGAAGUGGACCCACGAUCCGUUCAAGAUGACCCAGCUGGAUGGGACAAUGUACGGGCGCGGAGUGGCCACCUCCAAGGGUCCGCUCAUGUGCUGGAUAUACGCCCUGGAUGCCUGGCAAAAGGAGAUCGGCGACCUGCCCGUGAAUGUGCGCUUUGUGAUCGAGACGAGCCACUACCAGGGCAGCCACGGACUGCGCGGCGUCAUCCACGACCGACCGGAGUUCUUCCGGACCGUGGACCUCAUCAUUCACUGCAGCCACCUGUGGAUUGCGGAACACGCGCCCAUGGUCCCCACCAGCCACACCGGCUACAUCUACUUCGAGCUGGAGGUGCGAGAGAAUAAACAAGCCAGUCCCGAGAAGACUGCUACAACGGGCCACGAGCCCAUGACCGAGAUGUGCCAGCUGAUGAACUCCCUGAUGGACAUCAAGAAUGGUGUUCUGGUGAAGGACAUCAACAGGCAUGUCAUGCCGCCCACGCACAAGGAUUGGGACAUUUUCUGCCUGGCGGAGGUUGGCACCUUGGAGUUCAAGGACACCUGCGACAUCGAUCGCCUGCCGUACGAGCGGUCCAAGCAGCAAUACCUCAAGCACAAGUGGUGCCUGCCCAGCCUGUCGAUACACGACGUUCGGGUCUACCAGCCGGAGAGCAUUCGCAGCCUGUACAAGCCCACACGCAUCGUGGCAAAGUUCUCGGUGCUGCUGGUGCCGGAGCAGAGCAUGGAGUACGUGAGGUACUUGGUCAAGGAUCACUUGGAUCAGGCCUAUCUGCGCCUCAAGUGCGUGCACAUCGCCCGCAUUCGGGUCGUUGACCAGUUGGCGCCGCUGAACGAGUCCCGCCACGACAUCUUCCGCAAAUCCUUCAAGGACGCCUUCGACAGGGUGUUCGACUGCAAAGUCCACAUACCAGACACCAUCACCAUCAGUCUGCCGAUCGUGAACGAUCUGCGCAAGUUCUGCAUGCCCACGGCACACACUUUGGCGGUGCCCUUCGCCUCCAUCCACAACCGCCCUUACACCGGCGACGAGUCCAUCAGCGAGAAGAUGUAUGGCCAGAAUAUGGAGCUGUUCCUCACCCUGCUCUACGAGAUGGCCAUGCAGGGAGCGGACUGCAAGUGCAAGGUGGAGCAGGACUACUGCUUCAAGCCGGGCCACGGCUCGGGCAGGGACUUCAGGCACAUGGUGGACCUGGUGCAGACCACCCACGUUGUCCUCGAGAUGGAUGCGGCUGUCAAUACAAAGAAGGAAAAGCUGCGCGAGACCCUCAAAAGGUCGCCGGACGCCAAGGACGUAUUGCUCGGAGAAGACCGGGAAAGAACGCUCCAAUAA